CACAAGUAUCUAUCUAUCUGUCAAGUCACCUACAAAUUCUAGAGAGAGAAAAGAUAUUCCAUUCCAUAAAACCGCCAGAGAAAUAUAGAGAGAGAAUUUCCCUAUUCUUCCUCGAUUUCAUUUUUCGGAUUGUCAGUCAAACUCGAUUCGAACCAAACCCCAAGAUAAGAAAUAAAUCUCCUACCCUUUAUUUAUUUAUUUUUUAUCUCUGAUUUUAAGAUUUCAGAACCUCUCUCUCUCUCUCUCUCUCUCUCUCUCUCUCUGCGUUCAAUCGAUCACUCACUCCCUAAUUGGCUAUCUAUAUGUUUUUGACAACACAUUCUUGAAACUAGCAAGAAAAAGGAGAGGGGAAAGGAGAUAUGGUCCUGAAUUCUAAGAGGUUGUAAUGUGGUUUCAUGAUUAAAGCAGAAGGAGAUGGAAGACAACAUAUAUUCUGGGAUGGGCAAUGAUGCAAGAAUUGAGGGAAAAGUUCUUCAGGCAUUUGAGAAAAACUUUGUACAGGUUCAGGGUAUUUUGGACCAGAACAGGCUGUUGAUCAAUGAGAUAAGCCAGAAUCAGACUUCGAAAAUCCCGGAUAAUUUGAGUCGAAAUGUGGGAUUGAUUAGAGAGCUAAAUAACAACAUUAGAAGAGUGGUUGAUAUCUAUGCAGAUCUCUCAAAUUCUUGUGCCAAAUCAAUGGAGAUUUCCGAUGAGGGAGAAUCGAAAUCUGAUGAAAGAGGUGGGCAAAAGAGGAUGAGGUCAAGCAGUUGAUCAAUCAUGUUAGGAGUUGUUCUGAUUGAUAUGAAUUUGGAUUUCGAUUUCUUGUUAAGUAUUCUUGUAUCAGGGAAGAACAAUAGAUACACAUUUCUUUCUAGUUUUAAUUCAGCUUUCUUGAUUGGAA